CGAACACUAGGUGAAGGUAAACAGACUGUCAGGAAAGAAAGUGAAACUCCCCUUCCUCUUCCUCUAACUGUGAUAAAUCUAGCAUAAUUACUCUUAAAAACUGUAGUAACAAUGAAACCUUCAGGUGCUAUUAGAUAUCCAGUACAAGGUGUGACCCUCCACAGAGUUGCUGCCGGCAAGAGGUCCCAAGGAGAUGGCCAGGAGCAGGUGGAUGCCCCGCCUUCUCUUGCCUGUGAAACGGGAAGUUCUAUCAGUACAGAGCCAGGGAAUCAGAAACCCACACCACACAUUGCUGAGGAGAAGGCUAAAACAGAGGGAAAGCCCCUAGACCGGAAAACCAAAUCAGAACCAAAGUUGAGUCUAGGGGCUAAGAAAGAGGGUGGAGGACCUAGGAAGCAGGGAUCCGAGAAAUACCUGCCCGAGGUGGCUGACAUCGCCCAUAAGCUGACGAAGGUAUCUGUGAUGUCCACCCCAGACACCCACCUUCUCAACACUCCCCCAAAGGACAUGCAAAGCAAGCGCAUGAUUCCAGUGCUCCCUUGCUCUCCAAGAGGAGGAGUUGCCGCAGCACUUUCCGCUGCUGCCAGAGAAGGAUCCACAAGCCUCUACACUCAUAAGCGCAAGGAACCGAAGUUUGUGCCGUAUGAGCCCUACAAAGGCUGCGUGAAGCCAAUUUUCACCAAAAAGAAGACAAAAGUUGUGCAGCAAGCAGCAGCAGGGAAGUCUGUUCCAGUGGUGUCAGAGGAUAAGUACAGUGACCCUAAAGCAGAGCCAGUAGGUGAUGAACAGAAGACCACAGAGAAGCUAAACAUCAUGGUCAAGGACUUCGAGCGCGAGAGAGCAUCUUGGGAGAAACAGACCAAGGUGCUCAUCGAGGAGAAGAAAAGCAUGGAGGAGCAAUUUAGCCAAAUGAAGAAGGACAAGACUAAUUUGGAGAGUCAGUUGAAGAUUCAGUCUCAGGUUAAUACAGAACUCAAGAAACUCUUAGUGGCCUCUGUGGGAGAAGAUGUACAGGGUCAAGUGCAGGUCCUCACUGAAGACAAGGCGCGGAUGGCCACCAUGAUUCGGCGGUACUCGGAGAGGGUUGACCGUGAUUACGAGGAGAAGGAACGGAUGGAGAUUCAGUGCGAUGUGUGGCGGUCUAAGUUCCUCGGGAGCAGCAUGUUGGUAGACGAGUUGGCAGGGUGGAAGGCUGCUCUCAUGCGACACAUCGACGAGGCGGAGGAAGCCCUUCACGUGAUGAUGGACGAACACGACAUGGCGAGGCAACAUGUCCUGAACAUGUAUAGGAUGAACAAACAACUUCGCGAUGCAUUCGACCCCCUUGCAGCACAGUCUGGCGGUGUUGUUUCGCUCACCUCAGCCGAUCUCGUGACACUGGCUGUGGACGGGGACGUGCUUGCAGAGACGGUUCGGGAUCGGCUCCUUGGCGACCUAGGGAGGGCUGUGGGCUGCGGGCUUUCAGUGGAGGGCCUUGAGACGCUGACUCCUGGCGAGAAGAUGGCGCGGCAGGCUUGUGGGAAGAAAAUCAAGAAGCCAUUUGUCCUGGGCUGGCGAAACAAGGACGGACGGGCUACUUGUGAAGGAUGCAGCACUGUCUCCCCGGGACGAAAUGCCAUGAUGCACCGGUUCCACCCCAAUACACGUUACGAACAUGUCACCGUCAACUGCUGCGCCCACUGCAAUGGGGAAAUCAAAGUUGUCUGAUUUAUUUAUUUCGCUUAGUUUCUUCUUUCAUGUUUCAGUUUAGUUUAGUUCAUUUUUCAUCUCUCUUUUAUGACGGUUUGAUGGAAACAGAAUGUUAUGUAGAGAUUUUUAUUUUUUCGUCUUUUUCUUUUUCUUCUUUUUCUUCUUCUUCUACAAGAUUUUUCUCUCUUUCUUUUUUUAUACCUCAUUUUUUUUUUUUUUUCUCUUCUUCUUCUUCUUCUUCUUCUUCUUCUUCUUCUUAAGGGGAAGGGAAGCACAUGCUAAGAUUUUCCAUUUAUUAGUUUUCUUUUGGGGGAGGAAGGUAUAGGGGCAAGAAAGAAUGUUUAUUGUGUGCCUCUGUGAUAAUGUAGACGAUGGAAAACAGAGAAAUUAUUUUAAGUGACGAAGAAGAAAGAGAAAGAGAGAGAGAGAGGGAGAGAGAGAAAGAAAGAUAAUGAUAUUAUGGAUUGUAUUUUUAUAUGUAUUUUUUAUUUCCUUGCUCUCUUUCUGUCUCUCUUUCCCAUUUUUAUGAUAAACAAAUAGUGUUGGAUUUAUUUAUUACAGUGUCAAUACUUAUGUAGUGGAAAUGAUAAUGAGGUUUAUUUUUAGGUUGUAAUACGAAAAUCUUUCUUAUACAGGUUUUUUUUGUUUUUGUUUUUUUGAUGGGAAGGAAGAAGGGAGGGAAAGAAUAUCAUAUGUUAUUCUUUUCAAUGCAUUGUUGUUACUGUGUGUUGCAUAGAUCACCUUUCGGUAGAGGUGCACACAGAUGUAUAUGAUAAUUAAUACACACACGCACACACACACACACAUGUACGCACGCACACACACACACACACACACACACACACACACACACACACACACACACACACACACACACACACACACACACACACACACAGACACAAACACAUUUAUUUUAUAGUGCUUUAAGUGUAAGCAAUAUUUAUACCAAAGAAGAUGACCAUAUGUAUAUCAGAGUGCCGAUGUUUCUUAUUAGUCUUUUCGUUACUCCCUUUUGGACUAGAGUUCAGGUUGUGACAGAAGGAGAAGUCACGUCAUAAAGCUAUACAUAUGGAGCCUACAUGAAUCAGUAUUAAUUUGCUGGUGAAAAUAGGGCCCCUUGUUAUCUUGUUAUUCCUUAGGAUAUUGUUAGAUCCAGGAAUUUAGUUUUAUUAUUGUUGUGAAUCUUUUCAUCUUUUUCUUCUUCUCCUUUUCUUUUCCUUUCUUUAUAGACCGAGCUGAAAAUCCUGUUAGGAUGAUGAUGCUGUCUUUUGAGAUUACAGUUUGUCAAUUACUCUUUGAUAUUGGACAAGGAAAUUAAAUCCUGUCGACAGGAGUUCGAUCUGCAUUCCUACUCUGCCCAUUGUUCUGAAAGGAUAAAAUCAUCUUGUAAAUAAAGAUUUCUCAUAAA